AUGGCUUCAGCAAAACUUCCAAUCAAUGAAAGCUUCGAAUUAAUAUGGAAGGACGGGGUUGAUCCCAAGAAAGGGAAAUACCCCGGUUUUCGCCCAAAUGAAAUUGAGAACGUGGAUGGCAUGACCAUUGUUCGCGAUGUUGCUGUGCCACUGAGAGACGGAGUCAAGGUUUACGUCGACAUCCUUCGACCUGAGGGAUCAUCUAGAAAACUUCCUACCCUCAUGACUUGGUCACCCUACGGCAAACACGUACUGAAGAACUUUGACAUGUUCCCAAAUUCUGGCGUGCCUCCUGGGACAGUCUCGAAGUAUGCCGUCUGGGAGGGCUGCGACCCACUCUACUGGACAAAGCGCGGGUAUACCGUGGUUAAUGGUGAUAGUCGUGGAUCAUGGGCAUCUGAAGGGGAUGUAGAAAUCCUCAGCGGCCAACUUGCAGUUGAUGGCUAUGAUGUAAUAGAAUGGAUUGCAACUCAGCCGUGGUCGAAUGGUAAAGUAGGACUAUGCGGAGUAUCAUACCUAGCAAUUGUUCAGUGGCGGAUAGCGCAGCUAAACCCACCUCAUCUCAGCUGUAUCAAUCCAUGGGAAGGCUUUACCGAUGUUUAUCGCGAUCAUCUCCAUACUGGCGGUAUUCCAGAAACAAAAUUCGUUCACUUUACAGAUUGGUCCUGUCAAUUCUCCUACAAUAAGACCGAAAAUUAUGCUGCAAAUCAUAAAGCCCACGAAAUGCUUGAUGCAUAUCAUGAAACUAAGCGAGCGGAGAACCUUUCGGCCAUUAAGGUCCCAGCUUAUGUUGUUGCCGACUGGGGCGACUUUGGCUUACAUACUCGAGGCGCUCUCAACGGCUUUACCUACAUUAGUUCUACAGAGAAGUGGCUCGAAGUACACGCAUCGAAAAAGUGGGAGUAUUUCUACCGCCCAUCUAGUCUUUUGAAACAAGAACAAUUUUAUGCAAAGUAUCUCAAAGAUGAAUUGACUGAAGUGGAUUCAUGGCCUCGAGUACUGAUAGAGAUUCGGGAUAAAGCAUACGAAGGUUUCUGGCGUGCCGAAGAAGAAUGGCCGAUUAAACGAACAAGAUUCUCCCAGAUAUACCUCCAAGCUGCCUAUGGACAAAUGACCGAUGAGCUACCCUUAGGAAUGUCUAGUGUUAGCUACGACGGGCUCUCCAAAGUUGAAAAUGCGCAAUUUAUUUAUAAAUUCAAAGAACCUACCGAGGUCACAGGAAGUAUGAGAUUAAGGCUGUGGGUUUCGACUGAUAUUGGCGAUGACCUCGACCUAUUUGUUCAGUUGGAUAAACUGAAUGUAACUGGGAAGCUACUUCCAUUUGUCGCGUUCUCUAUGUUUGAUGAUGGACCGCUUGGGCUUGGCUGGAUUCGUGCCAGUCAUAGAGAACUCGACCAAGAGCUGACGCACCAUAAUAGACCAUGGUUAACACACAAACGGAAACUACUACUACGUCCGGGAGAGGUUGUGCCCGUGGAUAUCGAGAUUGUAGCCACGUCGACACGAUUCUUCGCCGGGGAAUCCUUGAAGAUGACUAUUCAAGGCACUGAUAUCUUUCGCAAUGAAAAUAUCCCACAAAUGCUGCUCCAUGAGGAUUCAGCGAACAAAGGAAGGCAUUUUAUUCACACCGGGGGGGCUUUUGACAGUUAUCUCGUCUUGCCCAUUAUUGAUAGCUAG